UGCUGUCCGCACAGUGCCGCGUGAAGUCGCUGCUGGAGGAGCGUCGCGCGGACCGUUAGACCGGUAGCAGAGAUGGCGAAGGAGGGAACGGAGACGGCGGAGGAAACCGAGCAGAUGAUCGAGAAGAACGGAGCUAAAGAGCCGGAGAGCGCCGUCACUGCGCCGGACUCGAAGGAAAUGCGCGCGGUGCUGCUGACAGGCUUCGGGGGUCUGAACAAACUCAAAGUGACCAAGAAAGCCAUGCCUGAACCCCAAGAAGGAGAAGUGAAAAUCCGCGUUAAAGCCUGUGGAUUGAAUUUCCUUGAUCUCAUGGUACGUCAAGGAAAUAUUGAUAAUCCUCCGAAAACCCCUCUAGUGCCUGGAUUUGAAUGUUCUGGAAUAGUGGAAGCUGUGGGAGAAAAUACUAAAGGCUUUGAGAUCGGUGAUCGCGUAAUGGCCUUCACAAACUACAACGCUUGGGCCGAGGUGGUUUGCACGCAGCAGGAUUGGGUUUAUAAGAUACCUGAUGAGAUGACUUUCCCCGAGGCUGCUGCUUUCUCUGUGAACUUUGUGGCUGCAUACAUGAUGCUGUUUGAAGUGGCCAAUCUCUUGGAGGGGAUGUCUGUAUUAGUUCACUCAGCAGGGGGAGGAGUGGGUCAAGCUGUUGCUCAGCUGUGCGCCACCGUCCCCAACGUCACGGUGUUCGGCACAGCCUCUCCCUUCAAACACGAAGCCAUCCGUCACUCCGUCACUCACCUGUUCGACAGAAACCUCGACUAUGUAGCAGAAGUCCGAAAGAUUUCUCCUGAAGGAGUGGACAUUGUUCUCGAUUGUCUAUGCGGCGAGAACACAGGGAAAGGUUUGAGUCUCCUGAAGCCCCUUGGCACGUAUAUCCUUUACGGUUCGUCAAACAUGGUGACAGGCGAGACGAAAAGUUUUUUCACUUUCGCUAAAUCUUGGUGGCAGGUGGAGAAGGUUAACCCCAUCAAACUGUACGAAGAAAACAAAGUCAUGGCUGGAUUUUCGCUGCUCAGCCUCCUGUUUAAGCAGGGCGGCUGCAGCCGAGUGAAGGCCACCGUCAACAAACUGCUUUCGCUCUACAGUGAGAAGAAGAUCAAACCGUUAGUGGAUUCUCUCUGGGCUCUCGAGGAGGUGAAGGAUGCCAUGCAGAGAAUCCACGAUAGAGGAAACAUCGGAAAGCUGAUUCUGGAUGUGGAAAAAUCUCCCACUCCUUUAAUGGCGAGCGACAGCACAGAGACGAGCGAGGCAGGCGAGGAAGAGGAGGAGCAUGAAGGAGACAGUGAUAAUAAGGAGCGAAUGCCCUUCAUCCAGUAGAUGGAGGAGUGAUGAACCCCAGUGGAAGGAGAGACUGGGACAGCACGAGUCAUCCUUCUUUCCCCACGCUGUAGUGAAGUGUGCGAGUGUGUGACUGUAGUGCGUCUGAAAAUAGCCUUCUUGCCAACUGUCCAACUCAAGUGCCAUUCCCAGCCCAGUGCUGAAGUGUCCCAGUGUUACUGACCGUGUGUGCUCUUCUUCUUUACAGCUCUGUGGAUGUUUUCAACAUGUGUACUUCUGUUGUGGUGAUGAGUGAGGAAAACAAGGCUCAGUGUCUCCUGCCACCCUGCAGGUUUCCUACAGCCUAAAAGAUUUUUAUUUGAGACUUAUAUCUGAUAAUUUAGCAAAGCUGAAGAAAGAAAGAAGGAAAAAAGUAAGUUUUAAAAAGUAAAAUUAUAUUUAAGGCUUUCAAAUUAUUUAAUUUCAUAAAUGUUUCUAUCUGAAAUUAUAGAAGAAAAGAAAAAACUAAAUAUAACGCUAUUUUAAGGCUUUCAGAGGCUUAACAACUUAAAUGAGUAAAUGUUCCCAGCUGAAGAAAUAGAAAGAAAAAUAUAGGAAAGAAUUAAACAAAGAAAUAGAGUAAAAAGGUAAGUUAUUUUAAUAUUUUAAUCUUAUUAAGAUAUUUUACAUCUUAUUAGACAUACUGUAACUCUGUCAUAAAUGUUUCUAACUGAAAGUGUAAUGAAAAAGGACAAGUAAACAAACUAUAAAGAAAUAUCAUUAUUUAUUAUAAAUUCAUAAAUGUUCCUAAUUAAAACUAUAAAAAGAAAUAAAAGCUGUUUUUUUAUCAUGAAAGAAACAUACAGUAAAAGGUUAAGUUAUUUUCAUAGAACUUUUAAAGGCUUCAGUAUGUAAAGUCAAAUAAAAUUCUAAAAUGAAGGAAAAAGAAAGUAAAAAAAAUUAGAACAAACAAUAUGGAAAGAAGAAAUAAACAAAUGUAAUUUAGAAGAUUAAUGAAAAAAGAGAAAGAAGGACAUGUUUUUUCAGGUUUUAAAAUAACUAACUAUUUAAAUGUCUCAGAAAUUGUAAAAAGAAAGCAAGAAAUAGUAUACAACGGGUUAAAUUAUUUUAAGGCCUUACAAAACUUAACAGUUGAAUUUCAUUAAUGUGUAUAGUAGAAAUUUUAGAGGAAAAAAAGGAAGAUUUAAGGGAAAAAAGAAUAAAAGAAAUAUUUUUCAAAGCUCUCAAAGGCUUAAGGUCAUAAACGUUUCUAAUGAAAUUGUAGAAAGUAUGAAAGAAACGUGAAAUUGUUCUAACUUGUGCCUUACAGUGUAACAUUAUGAUAAAGACAGAGUAAAAUUAUUUUAAGGCCUUUGACGGAAUAACUAUUUAAAUUCACUGUAAUUAAAAAAAAGAAAGAAAAAAAAGAAAAAGAGUAAACAAAAUGUUAAUCUAUUUAUGGCUAUCAAUUGUUUAAUUAUUUAAAUGUGUAAAUGUCUUUAACUAAAAUUCUAGUAAGAAAGAGGGAAGGAAAAGAAAAGAUAAAGAGACAAAAGUUAUUUUAUGGCUUUCAAAGGCUUAAAAUUCAUACAUUUGUCUAAAUGAAUUUCCAUAUAGAAUGAAUAAAUGAAAGAAAAAAUAAGAAAUAAAUAACAGUGAAAUUAUUUCUAAUACUCCUGCAUUAAAAAGUGUUCAUUAUGGCAGAGAAAUUAAAGAAAGAAAAAAUGGUAAACAACAGUUUAAAUAAAUGAUGAUGUUAAUUAAUAAAAACUUUAAGUAUUAUACAUUAUAUAUCAACAUUUAUCAGAUUCUUAAAAAGGAAGAGGAAAGAAAGACUCAGAGUCCCCUUAGAGAAAGAUGUCCCAAAGCACAAAAAAUAACACCUUCUUUCUUAAGUUAUCAUUUACAAGUAAUUGAUUGGAGAUUUUCAGUAAAGAAAACAGAAAGGUGAAAGAAAAGAGCAGCGGAUGUGAAUUUCACUGUCGUAUUGGCUUCUGUGAUUAUGCAUGUGUGUGUGUGUGUGUGUGAUUCUGUGUUGUGUUUACACUCCGGUGCCUGUGCUGAGGUAUUGUUUCAAAAAGUAUAUUUUUGCAAGUGUGUAAUGUUUGCAGAGAGAACUGUACCUGUACCUCCACCUCCACCUGUACCUCUCCAUAAUAUACAGUAUAACUAAACCCUGAUCUGUGCCUCUAUCACAAGUACUGUCCUCUAAAAGAAGGAACUACCAUGCAUUAAAUAUACCUAAUAAUCACAAAUAAAUAUCUAUUUUAAUAGUAUGACAUUAUGAUUUUAAUAUAGGACAGAAUUUAAUAGUCAACCUUUAUUAGUGCAGUCAUGAUUAAACAGACUAGCUUUUCAAAAACUCAACGGUUUAAAUAUUUUUAAGUGAAAGAAGGAAAGAAGAGUAAACUAAAUGUAAACCUAUUUCUCUAUAUAAUACCUUAAUGAUGUGCAGGUGGUUUUAGUGAAUGAUUGUGUGCACAGUUUUUACAGACAGAUGCGUCUCUUCUGCAAGUUGAUGACAAGUUAUCCAUCUAAUUUUGAUCGGAUCAGUCACUCAUUGAAUGUUCAUGGGAACGACUGCAGUGGGAUAAGAGCCGUCUCAUCCGGGAUAGAUCGUAGAGAAAUUAACAUUUUAAAAUUGCUUUUAAAGUUAAAUGUUAAAGAGAGAAAUUUUUUAAUUGUUUUAAUUCUUUAACCUUAAAGUUUGAUCUGAUAAAAAAUCCUUCAUCAUCCAGUUCUGAUAUAAAAAAUUUGACAUUUAGAUUUUGAUUUGAACAACUAUUAAUACUUACGUUGUUUGACAAGUAGCUAGUCUUUAAUCUUCACUCCACUUUCAUCCACACGGAACUGAAACAUGGGAUGAGGAUGAACAGUGAAGAGGUCAGUGAUACACUACACUCCUGUCUUUCCAUAACUUCAGUAUCUUGUGUGAAAUUGCAAACCCGGGAUACACAACAGCUUUUUAUCUGUUCAUUUGUUUGGGGUUUCUUGCCUAUAGCGUCUCAAGUGUGUGAAAGCUCAUUGACUUGCCUUAAGAAUUAAAACCCUUAAUGCUUGGUAAUUGUGUCUAGAGGUAUUCCAGGCAGGAAAACUAAAAAAUGUUUCGAUGGAGUAUAGUUGAUUGUGCUUUUACUAUGUUGUGCAUAAAACCUGUCUAGAAUAAAGUAGACCUGCAGAGCAUUCA